AUGAAUGACAACCUCGAGGAGGAGCCACUUGCGCCAAACCAAGGGCAGGAAGCCAAGCGGAGGAAAAUUCGCAAAGGAACACGAUCCUGCUGGGGAUGCAAACAUCGCAAGAUUCGCUGCAUAUUCCCAUCUUCUGAUUCUGCUACUUGUGUUGAAUGUCAACGGCGGCGUACCACUUGCAUCAGUCAAAAACUACCGGAAGAUCUAGUUCCAACACGACAAACCAGCAACAGUCGACAUCUUGGAGAACGCAUUGCGACAAUUGAGAAUAUUAUCAAGGAUCUGGUCGUUACUCGAAGUGCCCAAACUCAGGGGGAAGAGCCCCGGAACGAGCCCCCGCAACCAGAGGGGCAUACAAACCAACCUUCAAACUCAACCCCAUCAAUGCCUUGCCAUGAUGACCGGGUCUCAAUUUGUCCUCGGUCAGCUUUCACUGCCGAUUCUCCGGACUAUGAAAGCUCUGGCAAAGUAGGUAUCCAGGGGUAUUCUCGCCAGGACAAAGGAACUACCCCGAGCAAUAGUCAUGGCGAAGGUCGGAAAGAGAAAAGGAAGUGGACUCAAUCAACUUCAUUACGAGCACCUACCCAAUCUCGAGAUGACGCAAGAAUCGACUCGUCCAUACUACAACGACCAUCGAGUCCAGAUGAGGCUGCAGUUAUACACCAUCUACUAUCAGCCUUUCCAUCCCGAGAUAAUGCGAAGAUAUUGGCCAAGGAAAGCUCUAGACCAUCGCUUUACGCCCACCUGGCCAAUUUCCAGCCCCACAGCAAGUUGACACGCGAUGCUCUUACCGCUGCUGCUACCUCCGACGCCAUUCAUCCGACAACAUUGUCUCCUUGUCCAAAUCCACAUCCAGUUCUAUUAGCAAGACAAAUGAUCAUAUUCGCAAUAACUCUGCAAAGCCCGAGCGGAGAAAAGGUUCAUGGACUUUCUGAGCCACGGGGGUUACUGAUGCGCCGGCUCAUGGCAGCUGCAACAACAUGGGUGACAAAGAGGGAGUGGCAGGGAACCCUCGAAAGCGUGCUUUGCAUCAUGCUCGAGGGUGUCUUUGAGGUUAACUGCGGUAAUCUUCGACGAGCGUGGGCUGUAUACCGCAGAGCAAUGACGGUAGCGCAAUUGAUGGGCCUCCAUCGUUCACCUCUCCCUCCUAUAAAUCGAAUCGACUCACGAUUAGAUAUGGACCCUGCUUUUAUGUGGUUCCGUAUAGUCUAUAUGGACCGCUAUCUUAGCCUUUUACUCGGCCUUCCCCAAGGCACGACUGACAAGAGCAUGGCAUCGACUCUGCAGAAUGAUACACCACUCGGGAAAUUCGAGCGUCAACUAGCCGUGAUCGCAUCUCAUAUUCUGGAACGCAACGAGUAUCCCUUAACAGAUAAAUCUUUCACAAAUUACUUUGGGAUGACCCAAUCUAUCGAUACACAGCUCUUGGAAGUUUCAAGAAGUGUACCCUCCAGCUUUUGGAGGCCGGCAAAUUUCCAAGGCCUUACUCCAGGAUCACCGGAUGCUCUAUUGGAAACUGUGCGAUUAGCAUGCCAGGUUUAUUAUAACAGUCUGUUGAUUCAGUUGCACCUGCCUUGCGCCAUCUCUGGCAUAGGUAGCCAUACAGAGCAUGAAUACUCAAAGGUUACCUGUGUCAAUGCCAGUCGCGAGAUCAUGACGCGCUUUAUUUCUCAUCGGACAUUCAAUCCUAUGUCUUCAUGCUCGCGCCCUGUCGACUUCUUCGCGUUCCUGGCAGCUAUGACAAUCUUACUUACCUAUCUUGAUGCUCAUCGCGAAGCGACAAACUUCCUAGCGCAUCAGCGUCUAGGCGACCGUGCAACAUUAGAGCAAGUUCUCGAUUUAAUGGAUCUUGUCAGCAGGAUAGACAAUGAUGCAAUGACCCGAAAAUCUGCCGAAUUGAUACGUCGCCUCCUUGAUAUCGAAGCUGAUGCCUUCGAAGGGAUCACGUAUGUACGGACCAUGGCGGAAGAAAGCCAACCCACACAGGAAACUCUCCAGGACGAGAAGCAGUUAUACCUGCACAUACCUUACCUCGGAAGCAUCAAGAUCGCUCGGCAGGCUUCUCCCCCGAGCGUGACAGGAAGAUCCCAUGACGCCGAGUUCCAGCUAGAGCAGCCAAACAUUUCCACUGAUGGUGGUACCCUUGUGUGUCCUCAAAUAUCGCUGAUAGAAGAGCACCAACCGCAAAUGGAUAUCCCCACAGUCACGGCAGGUGUUGAUGACUGGGCUUUCCAAGGUGUGGAUAUGGCGUUCUUCGAUAGCCUGACAAAAGGAAUGCUUGAUGUAUCAGGCCCUGGACCGAAUUGA